AUAUUUGUAUAAUACUGGGGUUAUUGUGAAAAGCUUUUAAAGAAAGGGAAAAGAAAAGAGAGCUUUUUGAGAAACGCAUUAACACACCAUAACUUCAUCAUCAACCUUCUCCUCUUUCUUACGCAAUUACAACUUCAACGCCUCUCUAUCUCUUCGCCGUGAAUGUCGAGAUAGUCGUAAGCUCUCUGCUUUUCAAAUUUCUCUCAAAUUGAGGUAGAGAGAGAGGGCACAGAGAUAGAGAGAGAGGGGCAUAGGAAACGGUGAUUUUCCCAGUUCCCGGAGGAACAAUCGGCUGAUUUCUCUGUAAUCGAAGAAUCUAAACCUCACCCACUCGAAAUCAGCUCGUGGGUUUUGGGGGGUCUCUAUUAAUUUCCAAAUUCUGGAGAAAAAUCUUGUAUUUCUUCAAGAUGUUUGGGUGUGAUUGUUUUUACUGGAGCAGAGGAAUCUCCGAGUUGGAUUCGGAAUCGUCCGAGCCAAAGCCCUUCUCACUUCCGGCUCCUCUUCCUAGUUGGCCGCAAGACUGAGGAAGAUGCUUUGGAAUAUUCUGCAUGGGUUGUUCCGUUGUCUACUUGUCUUGUUCAUUCUUCUUUGGUUGACUCUGAUUCAAGAUUUUUGUAUACACAAGUUAAUUUCAAGCCUUAAAGAGACUUUCUAUUUUUGCUAUAAUUAGAUAUGAUUGGUUUUGUUAAGUUUUAUUGGCUCAAUAAUGUAAGCAAUGAUAAUGUUGUCUCUCUGAUCAUAGAAAAAAAGGCUCUAUCUUAAAUGUGUUGAAGAGUAGAUGGAUAUGGUAUCAUGUUAUUUAAUACUCUUCUAUGGGACAAAAACUUAAGUUUUGUUUGAUGGAAAUAAAUCUCGGUAUUGGUAAUGAAUUUGAAGCUGAUGAAUUUGUACUUUUGAAUGCAUCAAGCUAAGCGCCUUCUUGUUUUACUGUUUCAAUCUAUCAAUUGUUCUAUAUAGAAGUGUUUUUAGUUCUUUGAUGCUGAAAGUGAUGUACUUUUCUGUUACUGUCAAUCUCUUUGCAGGUAAAGGUUUUGCCACAGGAAGAAUUAGCCUAGGAGAAAUAGAAGUGGUGAAAAUCACCAAGUUCCAUCGAGUUUGGAGCUCUGAUUCAUCACACGACAAAUCAAAACGUGCUACAUUUUACAGAGCCGAUGACAUUCCAGAAGGAUUCCAUUGCCUUGGUCACUAUUGCCAGCCAACCGAUCAGCCCUUGAGAGGUUAUGUACUUGCAGCUCGGACUAGCAAAGCCGUCAAUGCUGAUGAUUUCCCGCCCUUGAAAAAGCCUGUGAGUUAUUCUUUAGUUUGGAGUGCAGAUUCAGAGAAAAAUGGUGGUGGUUAUUUCUGGCUACCUAAUCCUCCGGUUGGUUACAGAGCAAUGGGAGUUAUUGUAACCCAUGAACCAGGUGAACCUGAAACAGAGGAGGUCAGAUGUGUAAGAGAGGAUCUUACAGAGAGUUGUGAAACCUCUGAGAUGAUACUUGAGGUGGGUUCUUCGAAGAAGUCGAACGGCUCUAGUUCUCCUUUUAGUGUAUGGAGCACCCGACCUUGCGAGAGAGGGAUGCUGUCACAAGGUGUCGCUGUUGGGUCAUUCUUUUGCUGCACGUAUGAUCUGUCGUCUGAGAGGACGGUCCCUGAUAUCGGAUGCUUAAAGAAUCUUGAUCCGACCUUACACGCGAUGCCAAAUCUCGACCAGGUCCAUGCGGUUAUCGAACACUUCGGACCAACAGUCUACUUCCACCCAGAAGAGGCUUACAUGCCUUCAUCUGUACAAUGGUUCUUUAAGAAUGGAGCUUUGUUGUACCGGUCAGGGAAAUCAGAAGGUCAACCGAUUAACUCCACGGGCUCGAACUUGCCUGCUGGAGGAUGCAAUGAUAUGGAUUUCUGGAUAGAUCUUCCUGAAGACGAAGAAGCAAAGAGUAAUCUCAAGAAAGGAAACCUUGAAAGCUCGGAGCUUUACGUUCAUGUGAAACCAGCACUUGGUGGAACUUUCACCGACAUCGUUAUGUGGAUUUUCUGCCCCUUUAAUGGCCCAGCCACGCUCAAAAUCGGCCUAUUCACGUUACCUAUGACCCGCAUAGGAGAACAUGUCGGUGAUUGGGAACAUUUCACUUUCCGCAUAUGUAAUUUCUCUGGUGAGCUUUGGCAAAUGUUCUUUUCUCAGCAUAGUGGUGGUGGUUGGGUUGAUGCAUCAGAUAUUGAGUUUGUGAAAGAUAACAAACCGGCUGUGUACUCAUCUAAACACGGACAUGCGAGUUUCCCUCAUCCAGGAAUGUACCUCCAAGGCUCGUCAAAGCUCGGGAUUGGAGUCAGAAACGAUGUUGCAAAAAGCAAGUACAUUGUGGAUUCAAGCCAAAGGUAUGUGAUAGUAGCAGCUGAGUAUUUAGGUAAAGGAGCUGUGAUAGAGCCGUGCUGGUUACAGUAUAUGAGAGAAUGGGGUCCGACCAUUGCAUAUGAUUCAGGGUCUGAGAUCAAUAAGAUCAUGAAUCUUCUUCCUUUGGUUGUUAGGUUCUCUAUUGAGAACAUUGUUGAUUUGUUUCCCAUUGCUCUUUAUGGAGAAGAAGGUCCCACAGGGCCAAAGGAGAAAGAUAACUGGGAAGGAGAUGAGAUGUGCUGAAAGAAGACAAACCUCUUUGUGAUCAAGACGGUUUAAUGGAAGAUGAAGUCUCUUGUUGAAUCGGAGGGUUUUGAUCUCUACUCUACUAGUAAUUGUGACUAAUAUGUAAUUUACAGUAUACUAGAAUAGGGUUUGAUCUUGGUGGUUGUAAUUUGUUGAUGUAAGACCUAAAACGCUGUGUUUGCGGCUGUAAUCAGCUGCGACAGCUCAUGAGCAAUAUGAAUGAUUGAUUUUGUUGUACUGCUAUCU